CUGAGUGACGAUGAUUUAGUGAUGUUGCCAGUGCGUGAAUUAAACCGUCGUCUGCAAGGUCUUUCCAAAGAAGAGACCAUCCGACUAAAGCAAAAACGACGUACUUUAAAAAAUCGUGGAUACGCACAGAACUGUCGCUCAAAACGAAUGCAGCAAAGGUUUUCCCUGGAACAUACGAAUUCUUCAUUGCAUUGUCAAAUAAAUCAGUUACAGCGACAAGUAAGUUUAUUAACGGGAGAAAGAGACAUGUACAAACGCCAAUACGAAUCUCUCAGGGCA